GUUGUUUGGCACAAGAAUAGUAGGGGAAAAAUAGAGGAUAAUAGCGGAUAAGCGUAGUCGAAGAAGCGGUUGAAAGCUUGGACCUCGGAGCUGAGUAGCUCGAGAGAGGAGAGGAGGCGAGGCGAUAAUGGAGAAGUACUUUGGAAAUGCAUACAGAGGAGACCCAGGUGUACCGCACGCGGAUCCAGACCGCUUCGUCAACAUAUGGAUUGGGUCGGCCGCUUUCUCUGUCCUGACCUUUUUCAAUCCCUACAUGUGGCAGCUCUCUAAUCAGUUCAAUUGGCAUGACAAGGCAUUUCUAUUUGAGCAAUACCAUUGGAAGAAAGCAAUGAAGAAGAACCAGCCAUAUAAAUUUAAGUGGAAUGAGAUGGACAAAGAAACGCGUGACUCUUAUUAUUUCAACUGGCCUUACUACUUCCCAUAGCUUUCUAUUUCACAGUCUCUCCUGAUGAAUUUUGGUGAACAAAUGGGAUCUGCGGAAAAUACAAGCUUAUGCCUUCUUUACCAUUUGUUUUUAGUUCUGCUUUGUACUGGUGGUUCAAACGCCUGUAGUUACUAGCUGCAAUGCUUUCUUGUUAAAGCUUCUUAUGAGACCAUAUAAGUAGUCUUUCAAUGCAUAUGUAGUAAUGCUUGAAGUCCUGGAAUAACUAACAAUGGCUUUUUUGUGGGUUUUUUCCUUAAAAAAAUGUUUUUCUAAUUUGAUUUUA